AUUAAUCAUCAAAGAGCUCGACACUUGUUUUCCUUCUUUUGAAUGAAAAUAACACUUCCAAUAAUAGGCUAUCAACUCCUAGGGAGUAGGGUGGUCUAAAAUUGUUGAAACAUCAAGGGUAGCUAUUUCCCAAUGGUAGAAAAUACAAGGGCGUAAGCAGCCUUAAAUAAAAGAAUACUUUUGUCCUUUUCAAUUGUUGGGAAUUUUAUCAUUUAUAAUAAAUAUAUACCACCCUUUUUUUCUUCUUUCUUCUUUCUUGUUUUUUUCCCCGUUAUUAUCAUGAAGACCUGACUCUCCUCUCCCUGAUACGUAUUUUUAAUUAGAGAUUUAUUAAUUAUUUUUUAAUGUUUACUUGUUCAAUUUAAUCACUAAAAGCAUGUGGGGGCAUCUUAUGAGUUUUCUGCAUCAUACAUAUAAUAUAAAGACUUGUUGAUUUCUUGAUCUUAUGUUGUGUUCUUAAUUUUUCAUCAAUAUAAGCAAUAUCUAAAUUGUCUUUUACCUUGUCUUGUGUGUCACUCCUUUCCCUUUUAUUUUUUUGUUUUUAUUUCUUCAUUAUUCCAUUUUACACACACAGCGGCCGUACAGAGAGAUUCUGUAAAAGGUGAGAGAGUGUGGAGAAGAAGAUAAAGGUGAGUUCUUUUUUGUUGGGAUUGAAUCAAAACAGAAAAGGGGUUGAAAGAUUUUCAAUGGAAAGCAAUAAUAGAAGCAAGUUUAAGAGAAUCUGUGUUUUCUGUGGAAGCAAUCCUGGCCAUAGGAAAGUCUUCAGUGAUGCUGCUAUUGACUUGGGGAAUGAAUUGGUAAGUAGGAAGAUUGACUUGGUGUAUGGUGGUGGAAGUGUUGGAUUGAUGGGGUUGAUUUCCCAGAGAGUCUAUGAGGGAGGUUGCCAUGUCCUUGGGGUCAUCCCAAAAGCUCUUGUUCCUAUUGAGAUAUCAGGUGAAAGUGUUGGUGAUGUAAAGAUUGUUUCGGACAUGCAUGAGCGGAAAGCUGAAAUGGCUAGUCAAGCUGAUGCCUUUAUUGCACUUCCAGGAGGAUAUGGAACCAUGGAGGAGACUCUGGAAAUGAUAACAUGGGCACAACUUGGAAUUCACAAAAAACCGGUUGGUUUGCUAAAUGUUGAGGGUUAUUAUAAUUCUUUGCUUACACUAUUUGACAAUGGUGUUGAAGAAGGUUUCAUCAAGCCAGGGGCUCGUGACAUUGUUCUUGCUGCUCCUACAGCCAGAGAGCUUUUAAGCAAGAUGGAGCAAUAUACUCCUUCACAUGACCAUGUUGCACCCCAUGAAAGCUGGCAGAUGGAGGAGUUGGCUUAUCCAAAGGAACAGUCUCCAUGAUAAAACACAUCCUCCAGUUACACAAUACGAGUCUGAUAUGAUUCAUCAUCGUUAACUCUUGGAUGAGAAUUUUAUUCAGGUGGAGCCACAUAAUGCAUCAUUGUGUACUCUUGUCAUUCUUUACGGUUACAUUUAGUACUAUCAACUUUGAUGUUUUGCAUAAGGUAACAUUGAUUUAUAAAUUGGUCAAUGGAUGCCCCAUUUUGUGAUCA